AUGCAUGCAAGCACUAUCAGCUCGGGCAACAGCACCUCUCCUUUUAGAGACACUAGCAGGGCAGAGUAUAAAGCCACAACACUUUCCCCUACGAGGAAUAAAGAGAGCUCUUCAUUGUCAGGAUUAGCUGAUGAUACUGCAUCCACCGCCUCGGGAAGUUAUGGGGACCUAGACGAAGAACUAGGAUCUAGCUCCAUUCAUAAACCGAAGAAACAUUCCCCAAUGCGCGCAAGGCAGAUUGGAUGGCAGUCUCGAACAGUAGAUGAAAAUGGGAGCCCAAUACCACGAUUGCCGGCAGUCCAUAAUUUUCAUAACAAGAGUAGCCCCGAAUCCUCUGAGUCGAGGAAAGAAAAGGGGCGAGCUUAUAUUGAUCUACCAAGUUCAGUUUCGUUCCCACAGCAUCCUCAGAAAGAGCAAGGGGGUGUUGCACUCAAUUAUUCGGCCUGCAAACCUUUGAUAAAUAGCCCUAGGGAUGGUUUAGCCCACAGACGUGACCAUGAAAUCCCGAGCAACUUGGGUACAAAGUUGAGACGUGGUCGUCAGUAUAACAGCUCACUGAAGACAUCCGACCUAUUUUACCCCAAAGGAAUGUGCCAUGAAAAGCUCGAAGAGCCACAGAGCCCAGUAACGAUGGCUCAAAAGAGGUCAUUAAGGUUGUUACUGGAACGACUGAAAGCUAAUAAAACCAAGUCAGCAUCACAAAAUGUAAAGAAACGUCCUUUGAUCAGUGUCAGGAAUUCGCAGCGGUUCAAAAGCAUGGGCAAUGAUGGAGAUGAUGUGGACACCGAAGUGGAUACUGAUGAUGAAGGCUCAACGCCACCUCGGCGGCAGGAAUGCCCGGAGCAUGUGGAAUAUCGCGAGCUAGAAUGGGAGAAACGGCUCCGAGGAAACUAUAGGGGCGGCAGGGAUUUACUGCUUAAUACUAGCAAACGCCUUUCACAGGAAUUAUGGGACAGUGAGAAUAAGCUGUUCCAUUCUGUAGACAUCUAUAGAAUUGGUUGUAACAGUAUGAUUGAUCAGCUGGAAGAAAUACAUUCUGAAAAGCUUGACCAAUGCGAACAUACCCUCAGACCGAUCAAGAAAAGGUUCCUUGGGAUGUUUGAGAAUUUCUCUAAGAGGUUGGACAAUGACCAUAGGUCUAUCCAGGAGACAUCGGCAAAUCUUCUUACCAGCAAGAAUCAAAGAAAAAUUGCUGGUAAGAUCGAUGCAGCAAUUGAGGAGUAUAGCUCCAAGCUAGCUAGGGUGGCAAACGCAUAA